AUGGAAGUCAGAGACAAGAGGCUGUGCCAGACCAUCGGAGGGAAAGAGACAGAAAACAAGUUGCUACUGCAGAUCAGUGAAGCCGAGCAAGUGUCAGACUUUGAAAGGAUUCUUAAUUCUAAUGCAAUACUGUGGAAGCGGUCGGCCUCACGAACUCACGGCCACGUGUGGCAGAGGCAUGCCACACACACUCCAACCUCAUUCUGCUCGCGGCCUCGCUCCUCUUAUUCACUUCGAGCUGUAAGCCAAGCCUAUCAGAUUUUAUUCCGUCAACACGAGGAAUCACUGCAACCUCUUAUAGAUAAAUAUCGCCAAAACAAUCUUAACGAUCACAAAGAUCCAUCGGCGAGCUUACUAGAGAGUAAUUGGUUCGAAAAUCUUCAGGACCUCUCUGAGUUUUAUGAAGACGAUCCUAUUCUACAAAGAGAAAUAGAAACAAUUACAGAUCGCAUCAUAACAGAAGAGGUAAAACCAAGUGAAGGGGAGCAGACGACGACACGUAGUCUUUUCAAUGUCAACUUGGCUGAGUUGUUCGGCUUACAUGUGAAUGGGGACGGGGUAUCCCCGACUUAUCGUGAAGAGCAAGGUCCAUCUUCGGUGACUGACAUAAAAGAGCACUGCGACGGGAAGGAAUGGCUCGAUCCGAUUAUGAGCUCGAACCCCAAUAAUCGGUCUCAUUCAGGGGAGGGUGAUUCGGGCGUUGAUUGUUUAUCGCAAAAUUUGACCGCAGUUCAAAUUGAUUGUGAUACAAAUGUGCCGACAAUAACGUUCAGUAAUUGUUGUGAAGGCCGAUCCCGUGCUGAUAUACCGAAUAAUACAAACGUUAUACAUUUAGCCGUGCCCACUAUUGAAGACUCUGAUGAAUCCCGACCACCAAUGAUGUGA